CUUAUGCCUUUUCUCCAGGUUUUUCAGACUUGACAAAUAAGCAGGUGGUAACCAGCCUCAUUUCUUUGUAUGCACAAGUGGUGAUCUGGUUCUGUCGAUCCAGUCUCCUUCCCGAGGGUUUAGAUGACCACAUGCAUUUGUCUAGACCUUUCUACAAUUACCCUCUGAUUCAGAGCUACUAUACGGGUCAUCGAGAGAAACUCAAGCGUUUAUCAAGAGGCAAAUGGGAUUCUGACUGCUUGAUGAUUGAUGGAAUGGUUUCCCAGUUGGGAGAGCAAGUGGAGAAGUUGUGGCAAAGAGAUGAAGGCGGUACUGGGAAAUACCCACCUGUUAGUUUACACGCACUGCUGGAUCUCUAUUUGCUAGAAAGCAUUGAAGAAAGUGAUAAACAUGCAAUUGUAUCCUUUCCAGAUUUUGUUAUCACUCCUUCAGUGUGUGCAC